GGUGCCUGGUUUAUAGGGAGAAGCAGUGAGAGGAGCAGUCAGAUUCCACCUCUGACUAUUCCUCCACUCCCAGCUGCAAGAGGUGCAACCAUGCGACUGGUGGUCUCCGUGGCAGUGGUCCUGAUAGCUUUGUCUGCGGCUGUGGCAGACACUGCUGAAGAUGUAGAGAAAGAACUCACCAUGGCCCAGAAGUUUGAGAAGUUCCAGCAGGAUGUCCAGACUUUUGUUGACAACGUUGGUGAGAAGACCAAAUCUGCUUUCCUUGAGCUCCACAACAGUGAAUUCAGCAACAAAACCAGGAACUGGCUUUCUGAGACCUUCCGGAAGUUGAAGAAAAAUUUCGAGCCCAUAACCUCCAGCGAGGGGUCUGACUGAGCGUCCCCAAUUUCUUGCAUCCAUCAAUGAUGGGAAGAAGGAUGUUCAUAUAGUCCCAGUGAAGCAGUGGAAAAACAUCCAAAGAGAUGUUGACUAGACGCCCCAACCUUUCAGUUUCUACCUGGAGCUGUGUAUUUUUACUUGUGAUCCAUUGUUAGACAUAAAUAGUCACUUGGAUUGAGAUGGGCGGCUAUAGAAAUUGCAUAUAUAAAUAAAUAUAAACAAUUUAG